AUGAAUGCACUCUGGCUUCGUCGAAAUAAGGUGAUCUUUGAUAGCGAUGAGGCCGUAGCAGAGAAUAGCAUUCAUUUUUUGGCCUUCCGUUUAGCGAAGGACUACUCUAUGGCACACCUCGAGCUUGCUCAGAGCAGGAAAAAGGUUUGCAACUUCAUUGAAAGACAGAUCAAAUGGAAGCCACCAGAUCACCCGUUUAUUAAGCUCAACUCAGAUGGCUCUGUGUUAGAUGGAGGAAGAGCAGCUUGUGGUGGGAUCCUAAGGGACUCUGAUGGAAGAUUUAUAGCUUGCUUUAGUGCGAAUUUGAACGGUGGAACAGUGACGACAACGGAGCUUUUGGGAAUUUUACUAGGCCUGGAGCUAGCUUUGAAUAUUGGUUGCUCUCAUCUGAUUAUUGAAGCAGACUCCCUUGUUGCAGUGAAGCUUUGUCUCCAGAAGGAAAUUGACUUACAUGCUACUAGAUCUUUAGUCUUGGCUAUCAGAAACAGAUGCAGCAGGCUUACUAGCUGGAAUAUUCAUCACCAAUUUCGGGAAGCAAAUACUUGUGCUGAUAGGUUGGCUCACUUUGGUCAUAGUCUUCCAUCUGGCUGCCAUAUUUUCUUCAAUCUGCCCUCUUGUAUUUCCUUAGCUUUUCAUGCUGAUUCUAUAGGUAUUGCUCUCCCUAGAGUAGUCUCUAUUUAG